AUGUCGAAGCGCAAGGUGUAUUUGGACAUGGAGGACUUCCACAAAGCGCUGAGGUUGCUGGACGCUAAACUCGGCACCGAUCCGAUGAUUAUGGCCUUCGCCCCCAUCCGAAUGAUUGUCGCCGGAGGCUUCUUCUCCGUCAUGUACCUGAAGAAUAGAAAGACAACUACGGACAUGGACUUCCUCCUCGACCCCGAAUGGGCCAACGACGAGGACAUCAAGAUUCCGCUGCAGAAGUCCAUCCGGGAAGUCGCCAACGAGGCGCAUUACAUGGAAGAUUGGGCCAAUGAAGAUGUGGGUGUGUUCGUUACGGAGAAGACGAGGAAGAUCCUGAUGGACGACGCCAUCAAGCAGAACAUUGUCCUCUGGGGCAGUGGCACCCUGCUCGUGCUUGCCGCUCCGGUUGAAUGGGCCCUGGAGAGAAAGCUGCGGCGCAUCUACUGCGCGGAGCGAGGGCGCAAGGCGGAGCUGGAUCUGGCCGACGCCGUGGCAAUGCUCAAGUUCAUGAAAGACAGGAAGGGGAGUAAGCUUGAUAUGGAGUACUGUCGCACGCUGAAUAAGAAUGGCUUCGACGUCCUGCCCGACGUCGACACCAUGAACUGUGUGGCUGCCGCUUACAAAGCAACCUAUGGCGAGAAUAUUUUCUGA